UUCUGCUGUAUCUGGAGAAGACGACGCUGUUGCUCGUCUCACGAUGUCACAUGAGAAUCUCUUCUCUGCUGCCAUCGACUCUCAAACCUUCUCUGUCUAUCGAAGCCGCCCACAAAUUCCGUCUAACAUUCGCCCGCGACCGCCAAAGCCUCACCUUUCAGUUGGGUUCUUCCGAUAUAGGUCAUGCGUCACUAGAGAGACAACGACAUGUUGCUUCGCUCGCAAAUCUCCUCUCCCUCUCCACCGCGUCAAAAGCAUUGGUCGUUGGAGCUCAAGCCCAUUGUAGGGCAGUCAAGCUUGGGUUCAGAGAUGACGUCUUCGUUCAGAACCACCUCAUCGAUAUGUACUCGAGGUGUGGGACUUUGGGCGACGGGCUCAAGGUGUUCGAUGAAAUGCCCCGGAGAAAUCUUGUUUCUUGGACUUCGCUUAUCUCGGGCGCGGUAUGUAGUGGGGAGCUAGAUGUAGGCUUCCGGGUUUUUCUGGAGUUGAUGAGGAGUGGGUUAAGGCCGAACGAGUUUUCUAUUGGCAGUGUUUUGAAAGCAUGCGCCAUCAUAGAGGCUUGGGAGUUGGGUAUGUGCGUUCAUGGUCUUGUUGUGAAGCUUGGGAUUGAAAAUGAUUCUUUUUUCGGGAGUUCAAUGUUGAGCUUAUAUUCCAAGUUGGGUUGUGUUGAAGAAGCCGAGCAGAUUUUCAAAUACAUGGGGAAUUGCGAUGUUGGCUGUUGGAAUGCUAUGAUAGGAGGGUAUGUACUGUGCGGUUGUGGAAUUGAGGCCAUGAGGCUUGCGUCUUCAAUGAAGACUGAGGGAGUAAUUAUGGAUGAGUUUACGCUUAUCAAUGCCCUUAAAGGCUGCAUACUGUUUGGUAACUUGUACUACGGAAAACAGCUUCAUGGGCUGAUCAUGUGUAGCGGCAUGCAAUCUAGGAUUCCAGUGAUGAAUUCACUCAUUGAUAUGUAUCUUAAAAAUGGUCGGGAGAUGCAUGCUUUUGAAGUAUUUGAUAGGAUGCUGAAGAAAGAUGUUAUAUCCUGGAAUACCAUAUUUGGGGCCUUCUAUGAAGAAUGGGAUGUGACAAAAGUUGCAGGCUUAUUUCGUAAAUUCAUGCUUACAGGAUUGAAGCCUAAUGAAAUUACUUUUUCCGUCUUGUUCAGAAAAUGUGGAAAUGCAUGUGAUUUAAACAUGGGGCUUCAGCUUUGCUGUCUUGCCAUGCAUUUUGGACUCUUUCACCGCAGUACUGUCACAAGUUCACUUAUCAACAUGUUUGCCAGAUGCAGCGCGUUGCUUAUGGCGCGUUUAGUUUUCGAUAGCAUACUGUCGAAGGGGACAGGUGAUUUCAAUGAAUUGAUUUCUGGGUACAAUUUAAAUUGUUGUUAUCCGGAAGCUCUACAGGUUUUCUGCAAUUUAUUGAGUUCAGGAGUGGAAACUAAUGUAUUUACGAUUGCCAGCAUUUUAGAAACCUGUGUCGAAUCUGGAAAUGAGAAGAUGGGGAGACAAAUUCAUGGACUGAUAAUUAAGAGGGUUCUCUCGGGUGAUAAUCGUAUUUGCUGCUGGUUAGUUAAAUUCUAUAUAAGGUUGGGGCGUCCAGAUGCUGCUUUUCUGUGCUUUCAUGCCCUUGAGAAACUAGAUUUGGCCUGCUGGGGUAUUAUGGUAUCAUCCUUCAAUGGCAGCGGUUUCCAUAGUGAAGCCAUUAGAUCUCUGAACUUACUUUUAGAAGCUGAUGUGAAACCUGAUGAGUUCAUCUUUGGCAGUAUAUUUAACAGUUGUGCCAAUAGUUCUUCUUUUAAUCAAGCUAAGUCUGUUCAUUCACUUGCUACCAAAACAGGCUAUGAUACACAUGUAUAUGUCGCUAGUUCAAUUAUUGAUGCUUACGCAAAGUGCGGGGACAUUCCCAAUGCAAGAUUAGCUUUCAAUCAGUCAUCUGGAUCAGAUGAUGUGGUUAUAUUCAAUUCCAUGAUCAUGGCUUAUGCUCAUCAUGGUCUUGUAAGGGAAGCUUCAGAACUCUUUGACAGAAUGAAGUUGGCCAAUCUGUGUCCUAGUCACGCUACUUUUAUCUCUGUCAUUUCGGCUUGUGAUCAUAUGGGGUGCGUUGAUCAAGGCUGUGCAUUGUUUGACUCGAUGAAAUCAGACUAUGGGUUGGAACCAUCUCCUGGAAUUUUCGGCUGCUUAGUAGAUAUGCUAUCGCGAAACGGAUACCUUGAAGGUGCUAAGGGUUUGAUUGAGACAAUGCCUUUUUCACCUUGGCCUGGUAUUUGGAGAUCUUUCCUUAGUGGUUGCAGGAUACAUGGAAAUAGAGUGUUAGGAGAAUGGGCUUCUCAAAUGUUAUGUCAAUUGGUCCCGGAAAAUGAUGCAGCUCAUGUACUGUUGUUUAAGGUUUAUUCAGAAGCAGGUAGUUGGGAAAAUGCUGAGCAUCUGAGACAAAAUAUGAUUAAAAAAAGAAUUCCAAAGUCCCCUGGAUAUAGCUGGGUACAAGUGCAUUGAAAGUUGAACCUUAGACUAGUUUGCCAGAGAUGCUCUCUGUUAAGAAUCUACCCAGCUUGAUUGUGGCUGCGAUGAAGUGUUUGAGGAACACUCGCUGAUCUCUAGUCAUCAAACUCAUCGUUCCCUGGGUCUCCUUUCCUGAAUUCAACAUCUGAUCAGUCGUUAACAAGCCGAGACCCUUUAGAAGGAUCUGGUACUACGCGUUGCCAG